UCAGUUUCGGGGCUAACCUUAUACUGAACAGUUCAGAAAAUUAAAAAAAUUCAAAAUUUGUUGUGCGGCAUUUUUGGUUUUUUGUUUUUUUUUAACUUUUGUUUGUUCAAAAUUAGUUCAACGCCUGUUCCUCGUUGGCCGCCACUCGUGACACCAUGACGGACGACAAGCCCUUCAAUCCGUUCUACAUUGGCCCGCACCCGAGCAAGGCCUGCGCCAUCCCCGAGAUCGCCGGCCAGCAGUGCUCCCCCAACUGCGCUGAGAAGCCCACGGCAUCGGGACAGCACCCCCACCCCCAAACUGCCCCCGGCGGAGGCAUCCUCAUCGUGGGCAUAAGCGGACCCGGGGGCGGAAUGGCCAACAUCUACAGCACCGGCCAGAUAUCAAAGGCUACAGGCGCACCUGGGCAAUCGCUUACCACCAAUUCCGGAGUACCAAUCUCGGUCGGCACAGCCAAGCCUGGCCCAUCCCUGGCCGCUAAUGCCGGACCAAAUUCAGCUAAAAAAAUCUGCCAACCCUAUCCCUGCAUGGAGACCAAAAAUAACAGCGGUCCCGGCUGUGACUAAUCAACAGAACAGAACCCCACCAUACCUACACUUUCCAGCAAGUAAUUCCACCAAAGUUAGCCCCGAAGCAAAGACAAUAAACCAGAAUUAAGUCCGCAA